CAGAAAUAUAAUAUAUCAUUGUCCAGAAGAGCUUGAUCCGUCGCCGAUACUGCUAUCAGGAUACAUAUACCAACUCGUACAUAUAAGCUCAUUGCGAACCUAGUCGAUUGCGGUGUAUUUGCUAAAGCACACUAGGUCACAGUUGUAUUGGAAGCUGUAUUAUUGUGAUAUCUUAUUGGGUCAUCGCUUGUACACCUGAGUAUUCAUAUACCAACCACGCCGCAGAGCCUGUCGUUAGCAACAAGCUUUAUAAUAGUAUAAGCACCACAAGUAUAAAAGUAUCAGAACCAUAUCUCGUCAGCAUGGACAGGCCAUUAGACCUCAACACCACUCGCACAGACACAACCACUAAUUCACAGAUCUCCUUUGUGUCGCGUGUUAACCCUACCACCAAACAAACCCAAUGGCAAGUGCACACCGACGACUAUCAGUUUGAUGAAGAGAUAGCUGCGUCAGGGUACGGGGAUAUGGUGCAUGACACGGAACGGAAUCUUCGAUACCAGGAAGCUAUAGUGAAAGCGGUCGAGAAGAUCAGGGUCAAGCGAGAGGCUGAUAUUGCAGAGGGCAAAGAAACCGACCCGAUUCUUGUACUGGAUAUUGGGGCGGGCACCUCUCUGCUGUCUCUAAUGGCCGCCGAGGCUGGCGCAGACGAAGUGGUGGCGUGCGAGUUAUUUGAGCCGAUGGUUCGAGUAGCCAGAGAAGUGGUCAAGACUAGUAACUUUGCGGAUCGCAUAAAGAUCAUACACAAGAGAUCGGAUGAAGUGGAUAUUGGGGAGGAUGACGAAGACUUGCCCGCCCGUGCCGAUCUGCUGGUGGCUGAGUUGUUAGAUACCGAACUUCUGGGAGAGGCCGUGCUGGGCUCGCACAGAGACGCCGCCAAGCGCCUACUAAAGCCCAAUGCACCCCAUGUGCCGUGCGGAGCCACAAUCUACGCGCAACUGGUCCAGUCCGAAAGAUUGUGGGCAGGGCAUAAGCUGUCCGGAUUGCCGGGUUUGAGGACAGAGAGCAAGAGGUGUAGGGGACUACCGCAGGCAUGGUGCAUACAGGCCGAUGAGCUAGCCCCAGACAUCACACCCUUAUCCGAGCCCUUCCGAGUGUUCGACUUUGAUUUCGCAAAUUCGCCCAAUUCAGACGAGUGCGAUAUAAACACACUGUGCGAUCGCAUGGCGUUGUGUGGUGGUGGGAUCUGCAUAUGGAUGACGAAAUAA